UCACUGCAUUAUGAAACUGCAUCCUAUUCUGAACUCUUUGAUCUGAGUUCUGCGGAUUUGUUUAGUGACUUUUAUGCGCUAGGAUACUUCAUUUUCUCUUACUUAUCACCAUGUCGGUGGCUUUUGCACCUCACAGGCAACGUGGAAAAGGCGACAUAACACCCGCUGGAAUACAAAAGUUGCUGGACGAAAACAACCAGCUGAUCCAAUGUAUAAUGGACUUCCAGAGCAAAGGCAAAACAGCUGAAUGUUCACAGUAUCAGCAGAUGCUACACAGAAAUUUAGUGUACCUGGCUACGAUAGCAGACUCCAAUCAAAACAUGCAGUCCCUCUUGCCUGCUGUGAGUAUCGCUGCUUCUCCACCCACUCAAAACAUGCCCAUGGGCCCUGGUGGGAUGAACCAAAGCGGACCUCCCCCUCAGCCUCCUCACGGUCACAACAUGCCCGCUGAGGGUAUGGUCAGCGGAGGCCCUCCAGCACCACACAUGCAGAACCAGAUGAACGGACAGAUGCCUGGGCCUAAUCACAUGCCCAUGCAAGGACCGGGUCCAGGCCCUAACCAGCCACCAAAUAUGCCCAGUGGUUCUAUGAAUAUACCCCCCAGCAGUCAUGGCUCGAUGGGCGGCUACAAUCACACUGUUCCUUCCUCCCAAGGCAUGCCAGCUCAGAGCCAAAUGAACAUGACCCAAGGUCAACCUAUGGGAAACUACGGUCCAAGGCCAAACAUGAACAUGCAGCCCAACCAAGGCCCCAUGAUGCACCAGCAGCCUCCCUCCCAGCAGUAUAACAUGCCUCCUGGUGGUGGUGGACAGCACUACCAAGGACAACAGAACCCCAUGGGCAUGAUGGGUCAGGUUAACCAAGGAAACCAUGUCAUGGGGCAGAGGCCAAUGCCUCCCUACAGACCUCCUCAACAAGGACCCCCUCAGCAGUACCCAGGGCAGGAAGACUACUAUGGGGACCAAUACAGUCACGCAGGACAGGGAGCUUCAGAAGGUAAUGCCCAGUAUGGACAGCAACAGGAAGCAUACCAGCAAGGCCCACCCCAGCAGCAGGGCUACCCUCCACAACAGCAGUACCCAGGCCAACAGGGCUACCCGCCGCAGCAGCAAGGCUACGGGCCUUCUCAAAAUGCUCCUGGACAGUACCCCAAUUAUCCUCAGGGGCAGGGGCAGCAGUAUGGAGGGUAUCGCCCUCCUCAGCCUGGACCCCCGCAGGGCCAGCAGCAGCGUCCGUACGGUUAUGACCAAGGACACAUGAGGAUAAAAGACCCAGGGAUUUGAACCCCUGACUAGCUCUGUAUGAAGCAAAGGGCCAGUAUGGGAAUUACCAACAGUGAGAGAAGGUCACUGGGACCCACAUGUCUCUGCUCUGGUCUCUGUGUGAGUGCUGGCCUCUGGUCAGUGUCUCAGCAGACUUUAAUGAUGGUUGCAGCUCACUGAGAUUCUCUCAGACACAAACAUACAAUGGUAAAAAAAAAAA